AAAACUCAGUGGUACCAAAUCCUCCAAACUCUGUGGAUGUCAUUAACGAACUUACCCCCACUUCCUUCUCUUCAUCCCUCAUUCCAACCCUAACAAUUUUACAGACAACCAUCAUGAUGAAAUUGUAUGUAUCAUCAUCAUCAUCCAUAAGAAUGCCAACCACCGGAGGAUUCAUUACAUUACCAAAUUUGAAUUUUUCAUCUUCUUCACACUCUUCUCGUGAUCCUAAAUCGACUUCUUCUUCUCUCCCUCUGAUUGCAACUAAAAAUGUCGGUUCGCAUCGGAACGCUGUCUGCUAUGCAGUCCAGGAAUCGUCCUCUGCUUCUACUGUUGCUGCUGAAACGAAAGAGGAAAAAGAGGGAGAACCCUCUGCGCCUGCUGCGAAAGAAGAGGUUGCUGCUCCGGCCAAGCCGAAGCCAAAACCAGCAGCAAAAGCUCCGGCUAAGUCAUUGCCGGAGAUGAUGGAGGAGGAUGUGAUUCCUUCACUAAGAUCAAUUCUAGAAACCCAACAAGAUAUCUCUCAACUCCAGUUGUUUUUCGAGGAUAACAAGCUAGAAGGCUCCUUCUGGAAGAAGGGUACCCCUUAUUCAUUCUGGGCAUUCUUCCCAGAUGGUAACAUCACUGGUCCGAAAGGGUUCUCGCUAUCGUCCUAUGGGUCAACCGCAAGCAAUGUCGAACCUUUUCUCGUAGAUGAGAAAAAAGUCACAGCAAAACUACUCGUAUUCUGGGUCGAAAAGCGUCUAGCUGCUCAAGGAAUAAUUCCCGUUUGGACAGAUUGAUAAAGUUUGUAACCUGUGAGGCCGUGACCAGCUUGAUUCCCAGCAAAAGUAGAACAAGAAACCAUCCUAAAUCGAGAAUCGCACAGCGUCAUCCACGUACAAGUUUUUUAGUUCUUGAUGCUGUAAGCACAAUGUUUAUAUAUAUCUCAUAGCCUUCAUUCACCUUCAUUACCACUUCUUUGGUGGUUUCAUGUUUUCAUUAGCAUCC